AGAGAGAGGGAGAGGGAGAGUGGAGUGAGUGAGUGAGUGAGGGUGAGAGUGAGAGGUGAACUUCCCGCGGGCCACGAUGGACUCACGCCGCCUCCUGUACCUCUCUUUUAGCAUUAUCUUCCUCUCUGCCUCCCUGACUCAAGCCUUGGACAAGAUUCCCGGCAUAGAUCCAGGGAGAGGGCGGGAUGGUAUGCCUGGCCAGCACCCACACCCACGCGAGGCAACCCCGUCCCCACACCAAGCAGAGGCUAAAGAUUACUACCGCAUGCAGGCUGGGAGGGAGCUGAUCAUUGUGGCAGACUCCAAGAACCCUCUCUAUGUGUUCUGCUACCAUGGUGAACGCAAGAUGCUCACCACCUUCUUCAAAACCAUAGAGCUUCGUGUGGACAUAGUGGGGGACAACUUCCACCACUAUGAGGGCAGCAAUGCUACUGAGGUGAAGCAGAAACACAGCGAGGCAUCCUGGUUCACCUUCUACCCGUGGCGCCAGCGAGUGUUCCGCCUGGAGCUGUACAAGGAGUCGUGUGUGGGUAUAGAGACAGCCAGCGGGUACAAGGUGGCUCUCAGGACGCGAUGGGUUGACUUCUGGCGUGUGGUGGUGCUGGUGGGAUCUGUGGUGCUGUUUUUCACUGCGUCACACCUGGCACACAACACCUUCUUUCACUACACCACUGGCAUCUCCCUGGGUGUGGUGGGCUCGCUUCUCAUUGUGGUGUAUGUGGUGGCUCGUAUGGUGCCCAAGAAGUCCGGAGCAGUGACCCUGAUGGUGGGUGGCUGGGGACUCACUGUCUACUUGCUGCAGUACCUCUGGCAGAAUUUUGUGUCCAUUGUAAAGGAACAUCAGGCUGUGGCAGUGGGGUACGUGGUGGUGGCAGGCCUGGUGAGCUUUGCCGUGGUGUACCGGUACGGCCCCCUGACAGACCAGCGCUCCAUCAACCUGGUACAGUGGAGCAUGCAGCUUGUGGCACUCCUGGGUAUCUUCUUCAGUAGCCAGUACCGGGAGGCCACACUGGGCUUGGUGCUGGUCAUGGUCACCUAUCACUGUGUGCCAGACAAGUGGAAAGCAAAGGCACAGACAUACUGGAGGAGACGCUUUCCCCCGAAGGUGCGGCCACUCACGGAGGAGGAGUACAUACAGCAGGGGAACUAUGAGACUCGGAGGGCCCUGGAGGAGCUGAGAACCUUCUGCCACUCCCCCAAAUGUGAUGCCUGGAAAACCAUCUCUAGGCUCCAGUCCCCACAGAGAUAUGUACAGUUUGUUGGGGGUCCUCAAAGGGGGCAGAGUACCACAACUAAGAGGGAAAGAUUUGCCGAGUUCGUGGAGGGCGGAUCACACCUGGAUGACGAGGCAAUCCUGGCGUACGAAAGCAACCACUUGACUCCGCUGAGGGACGAGGAUCUGCUCACCACCGACGACGAGGAUGAGGUGGAGGAGGAGCAGCGGGGACCAACGUAGGGGUAGGAGGGUGUGGGUAGGGGACGGAUAGACUGGGGGGGGAAGGUAAGGGUUAUUUUGUAUUUGAUUUGAUUUUUUUUUUUUUCUUUUUCUUUUCUUUUUUCUCUCAUAUUUUUGCUCUUGUUUUGUGUGUGUGUGUUUGGUAUUUUUUGGUGUUUCUGGUGUGGAGUAUGGUUUUUUUUUUUUUUUUUUUUUUUUUUUUUUUAUUUAUUUAUUUAUUUAUUUAUUAUUUUUUUUGGUACGUGUGAAUUUGGUGUUGACCUUUACCAUAUUUUUUUUCUUUCUCUUUCUCUGUGAUGUAAAUUUUUUUUUACUUUUUUCCCCCAUUUGUUUGUAUCUUUCUCUUUUCUAGUGUUGUAAGAGAAUAGUAGUUCUUUCCCCCUUUUUCUCCUGUGUACGAUGUGAAAACUUAUUUUUUUACGUUUUUCCUGUGUUAAAUAUAAAAAUCAGUACAUCUUUUCCCAUAUUUUCCCAGUGUAACAAAUCAGUACCUUUUUUCCGAUAUGCAGUGCAGAAACCGUACCUUGUUUCCUGCAUGUGGUGUAAAACUUAUCCAGUGAUGCAUGAAAGCUUUAUAACUUAAAACUAAGUUACAUAAGAAAGACAUUCUUAUUUCCUUUGGUACAGAAUGAGAAAAGAUGUGAAUGGACGAGUGGAGCUUGGUUAGGUUAGGCAACGGUGCGUCUGAUCACUGAUGCACCGCCCCUUCCCUCUGGCGACCCCUAAAAGUCUCCCUUACCGGUGUAUAUACUCCUGAACUGCCCUGUGAGUGGUUCUGGGAUGGGCCAUGAUAACAAAUAUAGUCCACAAUAGAAGGUAGACAGAAGAGUAGCGAGAAUAGUAGUUAUUUUUCUAUGGUGUGUGUGCUUCAGGGCAUUGUGCGGUACAGGAGGGUGUAUGCAUGUUUUUUAACAGUACCGUGUGUGAAGAAGCUGUUUUGUAUUUAUUUUGUGAAGUGUGUAGGGUUGAUAUGCGUAGGCUUCCUCUUAGCUUUGUCUUCCCAUGUGCCUAAGGGUGUUGGCUUAAUCCUGCUUUGUUUCUACCUUGUUACUCAUCACUGUUUGUCUGUAUUGAAGAUUAAAUUGCAGUAUUUCAUUGUUUGCUGUGUAGUGUUUGUUACUCAUCUUGCUACCUUGUCAUUCAUCACUGUUUGUCUGUACUGAAGAUUGGACAGCAGUAUUUCAUUAUUUGUUCUCUCUUUGUGUUUGUUACUCAUCUUGCUUUGUCUGUCUCCCUUGUCGCUUUCCUAUGUCAAUCUGCAAUGGACAGUGGACAGCAGUAUUCAGUGUUUGCUUCAUUCCCUUCUGUUGUUUCUUAUGAUUUUUUUCUCUUCUUUGCAUUAGAGAGCAAUAUUGAGUGUUUACUUCAUUCUCUUCCUUUAUCUUUAUCAGUUUUUUUCUCUUGUUUGCAUUAGAGAGUAGUAUUGAGUGUUUGCUUCAUUCUCUUCCUGUCUCUCUACCUCAUGAGUUUCCAGUGUUUCUCUUUAUAACACUGGACAACAGGACUGUAAUUUGUUCCAUCAUUGUGUCAUUUCAUAGUUCAUAAGUCACACUGUUUGAUGAAAUAUUAAUCUUUUUUCCCCCUCUCCUCUGGCAUCUCCCUCCUUGAAUAUACUCACUGUGAUUGUCCUUAACAUUUCUUCUAUUAUGCAUCUGGGAGUGUAGGUCAGUGUUUGUAGUUUAAGGUAGUGUAAGGCGACUCAAAAAAGGCUGUGUUAUGGAUAAUUUUUUGUGUGUCGGGCAGUUGUCAAUUGUAACUUUCCCCAGGGAGGUCCGUGAUUGUUGCUGUGGAAAUAUUGUAUGUAAAUUAUGUUUGUCUUAUAUGUAUCCAGGCUGUGCAGAGUGGCAAAGAGUGCACUGGUCUUAUUAACCCCUUCAGUAUCAGGAUGUGUUCUCAUAUUCAUUCUGCUUACUAUUUGGUGAUUUUAUACAGCUUCAGAAACUUGUUUGGGUGAUUUAAAUAGUGUAGACUCUGACCAUUAAUCUUGUGACCUCCAUAGAUCCUUCCUAACGUCAAUAAAAUGGUCUAAUUAUACGCAAAAAAAUCACGGUAAAAAUGCGUCUCAAUAUUGAAGGGGUUAAUAAUGUCUAGAAUGUGAAUCAAUGCCUGGGCCAGAUAUGUCAAAGGGCCAUAUUUGCAAACACUCCGGCACUGCACUUCCACUAUUUCAAAAGGUUCCUGUUUAAGUGAUGCAAGUUUUCAAGGGUGUUUUUAUGGUUCUAAUGGCAAAUGAACAAGAUUACUACACAAUUCACAGGAGAAACACCCUCAGAAACCAGGCUUGUCAUCUCUGUCCUUGGAAAAUAAUCGUGAUGAGAGAGUGGAGCGUUUCAGAAUAUGGGUCUAAAUGCCGUCUGCCAAACAUUAACAAUGAAAAUAAUGCUAUGCUGAUCUUAUUAAUUUAUUUUUACUAUUAUCUUCUUUGGACAAGUGUGAAUGGUUAGGUGAGGUGCGUCUUCCUGCAGUCUGCCAAACAAAAACCCUGUAAGCAAGUUAAGCCAGUUUGUGGCCUUGAGUAUGUGCUCAAAAUACUGUAAUUAGACUUAAUGAUAGGUACUGUACCAGUCCUGUGUAUUGGUGAUGUGUGUGUGUUUUGUCAUAAUAAAUGUACAUGGUGACUUAUUUCAUUAACGUCAUCAGUUAUCAGGCAAUAAAUGAAUCACCACU